GCCGUGACGACCCAAGAGCAGCAUAGCUGCUCCGAAGCUCUCUCUCUCUGAAGAACCGACUAAAAAUAAUCACCCGUCAAUAAAGUAAAACACUCUGUGAACUCUCAGAAAAUUUCUCACUCCGAUCUCGAAGAUGAUCGGCGUUCAGGAUUCAAAGGCGCUGUUCUCUAUGCUGAACGCGGAUCAGCGGCCUUUCGAAGAAAUCGUUAUCGAAUUCAGCUCUAAAUUCCCGCGCACAAAUCAUUUCAAUGUAUGCUGUUCGAUUGCCAUUCUUUUAGAGGAGAAAAAGAUGCUCAAACCAACUCAGCGCUUGGUUGCAUUUUCUAUUCUUCACCAGGCUUAUUCAUCACAGCCAUUUUCUGCCAACCCAUUCAUUUCUUUUCUUAUCAAUGAAGCAUGUGAUGAUGCUGCUGAAAAAAUGGAAAGGGCAUUUAUUCUUCAGUUGCUGGGGUCUUCCACUGCUAGCAACACGAAAGAGGUGCUUAAACAGUCUGCUGUAGAUUACAUCAAAGGAUUUGAUCCUUCAUCACAUGUUUUCUUGCAACGUGAACAGUUGCAAAAGCAACAUUUUGACAAAGUACAGCCUGAACCAUACAAUUGCUUGUUCAGGGGUGCUGCUGUCAAGAAUGUAAUUCCUGAUCCUGAUCUUCCUCAUGGUUGUGAUGCAAAUUCACCAGAGCUUGAAUUUGUACUGCCUGGUGCCAAACCAAGGAUUGGAUCGGGAGAUAGGGAUGUGGCAAUAACUGGGAUGUUGCAAAAUUUAUCACUGGAAGGAUUGGAACCUCAAUGGAUCAGGCCUCUUCCACCACGACUUCCAGUACAAGAUGGAGAGCUUGUGUGGCUAAAUCCUGACAAUAAUCAUGAGCUGUUGUGGGACUAUGGGAUGUGUGCUGACACCAGCAGAGGAGCUGCUUUUAGGGAUUUAAUUGCAAAAGCCUUGAAGGGACCUCUUGCUCCUGCACAACAAGAGCAAGUCUUGGUGGAGUUGGCAAAUGACCCAAAGCUUGUCUACCAUUGUGGAUUGACUCCAAGAAAGUUACCUGACCUGGUGGAACACAAUCCUCUUAUUGCUGUUGAAGUUCUGAUAAAGUUGAUGAAUUCCACUGAAAUUUCAGAAUACUUCAAUGUUCUUGUAAAUAUGGACAUGAGUCUACAUUCCAUGGAAGUUGUGAACAGGUUGACUCAAGCAGUUGAUCUCCCUACAGGAUUUGUACACAUGUACAUCACAAAUUGUAUAUCAUCCUGUGAGAAUAUCAAGGACAAAUAUAUGCAGAACAGACUUGUGAGGCUUGUAUGUGUUUUCUUACAGAGCCUAAUCCGCAAUAAGAUAAUCAAUGUUCAAGAUCUCUUCAUUGAAGUCCAGGCAUUCUGUAUCGAGUUCUCACGGAUUAGGGAAGCAGCUGGACUGUUCAGACUCCUUAAAUCGUUGGAAUGAAUCAUUCCCUUUGAUAUCCAUCUUAUUGUUAGUCUCCAAAGUUACAUGCCUUCUCAUUUUGCUCUUUAGUUUUCCAUUUAUUUUGUAAUCAGUGUACCAAUUGGACGCCUUCAAUCUAUUUCAUAUUCUUAGCCAAUUAGAGUCUUAAUUAGAUCUGCUAUUUCAAUGAACGGCAUGGUUGUCCAUCCAAGUGCCAUCAUUUCAUGGUAGGGCACUAAGUACAAUCCUGUGGAAGCUGUCGAUAAUAAGACCAUCUUAGCUUCGACUCC